AACAAAGUCAGGGUGGGCUUGGCUUGGCUUGUUGGCCAAUCCAUCACCAAACCUAUAUAUAAAUACUGGGCUGCCUUUUUGGAACUUCCUCAUAUUGCUUUCCUUCUACAACGGAAAAGAAUUCACAACAAAAAACAACACCGAUUCAGAGAAAGACAUGGGAGGAGGAACAGAAGCUUUCCCAGAUUUGGGUCAACACUGCCAACACCCAGAAUGCCAUCAACUCGAUUUUCUCCCUUUCAAAUGCGACGGUUGCCGAAACGUGUUUUGUUUAGAGCAUCGAUCGUAUAGAACCCACGAGUGUCCGAAAUCCGACCCCAUCAGUAGAAAGGUUGUUGUCUGUGAGGCUUGCUCGAUGUCGAUUGAGGUUACCGGACGGGAUGGGGAGGGCGAGGAGGAGAUGUUGGAGAGGCAUGAGAGGUCUGGGAACUGUGACCCCAAGAAGAAGAAGAAACCCACGUGCCCGGUCAGGCGGUGCAAGGAGAAAUUGACUUUUUCGAAUACAAGUACGUGCAAGACUUGCCAGCAGAAGGUGUGCUUGAAGCAUAGGUUCCCGGCCGACCAUGCGUGCGGACAGGCACAGGCACAGGCACAGGCACAGGCGUGUAAAGGGUCGCGGAAUGACAAGUUUUUGGCUGCUUUGGCUUCGAGGAAUGGGAGGGAUUGUUCCAAGAAUGGGCGUGACUCUGCGUCUGCUACGAGUACCUCUUCAUCCGUUGAAGCAUAUUGAGGGAGAUUGAGAGAUUGCGAGCAUGUGUUUUUUUCAUUUUUUUUUGUUGUUGUACACGUGUUUGUACAACUCAUUACUGUUGAAAUAUUCUCAUAUUCUGGGUAACUCCUUGUCUGCUUUGAAUAAUCUUUAGUUAAGCCGAGAAGCUAAUUUAGCAUCACAUUUAUUCAUGUUGCUGUUACAACAUAAUCAAGUUGUAUUGGACAAAUUUGCAUCA